AUGGAGCCCCAUGUGAUGGCCGCUCUCGACCUGAGCGCACACCCCCUUCAUCAACAGCAACAACACUUUCAACCUCCACAGCGCAACGACCAAGAUAUCCACGACUACAGCAUCGGAUCGAGUCCGCUUGCGCGAUACCCCGGCACGCUGCCUCACCAUGACCUCGACCUGGACAUGCCACAAGCCGCCGAGCACGCCUCGUCAAGGUUGCCUACCCCUGAGGCAAAGCACAAGAGAGCCCCCAGAGCUUGUGAAGCCAUCUUUCUCGCAAAGGGGCAGCAUAGUAACGCCAGGAACGAGCGCCAUCCCCGACCUCGUGACCGCACAACCAAGCCUGGCAACAAGCGCAACACCGCCCAGCGACGACGGUCCAACUGGGAGUACGACCAGGCUGUGAACACUUGGCUGAGUGCAGACGACAUUUGGAACUUGCUGCCGCCCGUGGAGGACAUGGUGGAGGCCGUUCACAAGUUCACAACUCAUUAUUUCCAGCUCGGAUUCACCCACAAGGACCAGUAUCCGCGAAGCAUCGGCAAGCAACGAGGUGCGGAGCAUCUCUUCCUCCUCCUCAGCAUUCUCAGCGUUUCGGCACGGUUGAGUCCGGCACUGGUCAAGCGCUAUGGUACGGGGGACGGUGCCGUGGAGUUCUUCAAAGAGAAGGCGGCCAAGAUGGCAGAUGCGCGUUAUAAGCACAUCAGCCUGGAGGAUUGCCAAGCCUUCUACCUUCUGAGCAUCGCCCAGCAUGGCGAUGGCGAACAAAACGACAGCCAUCGCAAUCUGGGCCUCGCCAUUCACAAGGCCACUGGCUUACGUCUUCAUCGAGAAGAGCAUCUGAGUCUACAUUCCGACGCCGCGCCAGGUGAUGUUAUACGCAAGGAAUCGGCUCGACGAACCUUUUGGAUGCUGCACAGUCAAGACAGUCUUCAUUCCGGCCAAGAUUCGCCCAAAUCAUUCUGCGAGAUUGACAUUACGGCACUGCUGCCCGGCGAUGAGGCGUCCUUCUCGGCGGGAAAGAUCCCAGAAACCCGCGCCGCCCUUCAGGAUACAGUCCCGGGUUGUAACAAGUCGCUCGUGAAUAAUCCCAACCGAUCGCUCUUCGCAACGCAGAUCCAAGUCUACCAUUGGUGGGGCAAGGUCAGGCGAAGGGCGACAACAUACUCCCUGGCAUCGGCCUCAGAGGGCGAGACUGCCAAGAUGAUAAACCAGCUGGCGGACUGGGAGCUACGUCUCCCACCUCAGCACAAAUGGGACGCCCAGAUUCACCGUCAGAUGAAGGCAGAGAGGUUGGAUCUUGCCUAUAUCGGCGUGACCAUGAUGGUCCGCGCCUGCAAUAUCGUCAUUCGAAGAUCCUUCCUUCAAAGCAUGGUCCACCACUAUACUCCGCAGUCGCAGGAUGUGCAGGUCUACUGUCAAACGCGCGUAGACGAACUCUUUGACAAUGUGUUUGACCUCUACGGGCAGGUCGAGGCCCUAUUUACUGGCCGACGAGCCGACGAGAAGAUUGGCUACCACAUGGCCGGCUUCUGCGUGUAUCUAUGUGGCCUGCACGUAGCCUACAUAUGCAAGUACCAUCACCUCUACUCGGACCGCGCCUCCGUCGGACGCGCACCCCUCAUGCUCGCGUUCACGCGGUCCGUCUUGCAAGAGUGCGAGCCCAUCUGGCCGUUUGCGAAACAGUGGUCAGCCUCCCUCGACGCCGCUGCUCAAGACCCGUCGGCCGCAGAAGGCCAUCCCGUAGCCAAGCAGAUCAAACCCGAGCCGUGCGUCCCGGGCAGCGAGGCUGCCAUGUCGACCACAGAGAGCACAGCCCCUCUUGUAUCUCAACCCUCCCAUCUCCAGACACCGCAAGAAGACGUCGCCUCGUCCUUCUCCAGCUCUGCAGCAGGCUACGCGUCAUUCUUCAACGCGGGACCUCCCGUCACUUAUCCUUCAAGUACCUUUCUGCUACAGCACGACUCGGGUGUUUUGCAGCCGUACUUCCCACCCGCGUCGCCACAGCAGCAGCAGCAGAAUGGCCUCAAUAUGCUCGCACUAGCUUCACAGUCGCCCACCCAAGGCCCCUCUGCCCGUCCACAGCAGCAGCCGCCAUUCGUCAUGGCACCACAGUCACAAUUUCACGAUUACGUGCCUCCUUAUGACAUGGCCACGGCUUCCGCCGUAGCUGCUGCCACGGGGGAAGUGCCGUAUCUCCCAGAGCACCACCACCAGCAACAGCAUGCCCACACGGCAUAUCAUCAGCUGGAGCCUGUUUCAGAUGGCUUUGAUCAGCAGCUGGCGUCCUAUAUCAAGGGCACGUCCACCGACUGGACUGACGCACAGCACCCGCUCCCGGUAUGGGUCAAUUCUCAACAAUAG